AUGGACCUGCUAGGCUAUGCAGCCGCAGGUCACGCAACCGCCGUUCAGGACAACUACAACCCCUCCGGGACCAAUGACGUGCCAACCCACAACGUCCCCGGCUUCUACCUUGACGCUGUCCGCGCCUACAAAGCCAGCCCCAAGCCCUUUGACCGACCAGGAGGAACCCUGAUUGACAAGAUCUAUUUCGGCCGCUGGCUCUACACCUGGCAAGACUUGACCUUCAUCCUCUACAAAUGCGUCGUCCAAAACACCGACUGUGGCAACGAUGUCAUGCAUUACCUCCUCGCUCCCAACGACGCAGACAAGGUAGAUGAGCUUGGCCACCACCUCGACACUGACAGGCUUCUUCUCGCAGCAGGCGACUGGUCAUGCACUCUCCACAACGAGAUAUACGUCUACGAUAACGGCGACUGGAUCAAGGACCCCCUUCUGUGGCAGAGCGUGCAGGGUGCCUCUUGGGACGAUGUGAUUCUGGAGUCAGCCAUGAAAGACGCCUUGAUGAGAGACGUUAUUGGUUUCUUCGACACGAGAGAUGUCUACCAAGACCUCGGGCUCAUGUGGAAGAGGGGCAUCAUCCUCCACGGCCUUCCUGGUAACGGAAAGACCGCCUCCAUCAAGGCGCUGAUUAACUCCCUCGAGGCCAGAGGCAAAGAAGACGGCUCUAAGAGAAUUCCAAGCCUGUACGUCAAAGCCUUUGACAGCUCCAUGGGCGGAAAGUGGUCCAUCCGGUACAUUUUCGAGCACGCCAGGAAGAUGGCCCCCUGCGUUCUCAUCUUUGAGGAUUUGGACUCGUUGGUGUUGGAUGAGUACAGGAGCUACUUCCUGAACGAGGUUGAUGGACUCGAGUCCAACGAGGGCAUCCUCAUGAUUGGAAGUACGAACCAUUUGUCCAAACUCGAUCCUGCAAUUGCCAAGAGACCUAGCCGCUUCGACAGGAAGUACCACUUCAAGCUGCCCAACGAGGAGACGAGGAAGAGAUACGCAGAGUACUGGAGGAAGAAGCUGGAGAGCAAGCCGAUCGUGGCAGACAAGUUUGAGGAAGAAAUUACCUAUCUUGUCGCCCAGUUGACGGACGGAUUCAGCUUCGCCUACAUCAGAGAGCUGUUCAUGUCGUCGCUUCUGGCGCUUGUGCGCGGCUUCAAUCCUGACGUUGUGGAGGAGGAUCCCAAGGAAGACGAUGCUGGUGAUGAGAGCUCCUCGACCGCCGGUGACGGCGUAAUUGUUGAGAAACCCGCAAUCGUGGGAGAGGGCAAUGCCGGGAUGGAAAAUACCGAGGAGCAGGAGAAGACUGGCGAAAAGACUAAAAAGUCCAAGCCCAAGCGGGUGUUCCCUGUGCUGGAUAUACCCGAGUAUCUCCAGGACAACCUGCUGCUCAAGAUCAUCAUAUCCCAAGCAAAGAUCCUUUUUGAGGAGAUGGACCGUGACGAUGAUGAACAGAAAGAGAAGGAAGGGGACGGUGAUGGCGCCAUUCGGAGGAUCCGAAUGAAGCGUGGUUUACCGGCACCACGGAUGCAACUGGUAAGCGGGACCACUGCUGCUAGCCCUCCUGCUGAUUUCGCUCCUGAUGAUUCCGCUCCUGAUGACACGGAUCUCUUGAGGAUGUAA